GAAUCUAUGCUAAUCAUAUAAAACAUAAAACACUUGGGUCAACUUGGGUUCGCUGUGUGCAACAGCUGCUGACCUAGGCUACCUCGGGCUCGUUCUUGUUACCAAUGGCGGUGACAACAAGCAAAACAAAGUUUAGAAAAGAAAUGAAAUUAUGUCAGAAAUAAUUGUAUAAUGUCGUUGUUUAAAGCUAGGGAUUGGUGGUCUACUUGGGCAGGAAGUGAGGAAGACUUUGAUCUGGGAUGUUUGUGCGUUGCAAACAUUGAUAACGAUACUACGUCCUCUGAUAAAAUCAUAGUCGGCAGUUACCAUGGAAUCCUACGAAUUUUCAUGCCUCGUACGGCAGAAUUCAAACCAGAGGACCUGAUGCUGGAGAUACAGAUGACUCAACCAAUACUACAAGUUGAAGCAGGAUAUUUUGUGAGUGGAAGUGAUCAACUUCACUUGGGCAUCCUUCACUCAAGAAAGUUCUCCGUUUAUAAUGUCUCAGUAAUAUCAGGAGCUGUUGAACAUGGCAACCACUUCACAUUGAACCUUGUGUAUGAGCAUAUUUUGGACAGAACAUCAUAUUCAUUUACCUAUGGACCCUUUGGUGGAGUUAAAGGAAAGGAUUUUAUUUGCGUUGCUUCGAUGGAUGGGAUGCUGUCGUUUUUUGAGCAAGAAAUGUUUGCUUUUGGGAGAUUUCUCCCAGGAUUUUUACUACCAAGUCCUAUUCAAUAUGUUGCCAAAACAGACUCCUUUGUCACCUGCAAUUCAUCAAGAGUUGUUGAAUGCUACAAAUAUCAGACCCUUGCUGCAGCAACUGAGGCUGAAACUAAAGAGAAACCUGAAAUGAAAAAGAUCUCUGGAAAACGCCUUGCGCCCGACUGGACGUUCAAUAUUGGUGAUAAUGCAAUCAACGUCAUGGUUGUUGCUUUUAACAAUAUCUCUGCAAUAUUUGUCUUAGGAGAAAGAUCAUAUUAUUGCCUACAAUGUAAUGGUGCUUUACUUUUCAUGAAGAAAUUUGAAUACAAUGCCAGUUGUAUUCUGCCUUAUGGUUGUUUUAAAGAAGAUACAUUUAAUAUGAUGGUUGGAACUCACAAUAAAACAUUGAUGAUUUAUCAAAACGUCACUUUGGCCUGGGCAGCUCAGCUUCCCCACAUUCCAGUUGAUGCAAAAGUUGCCAACUUUGGGAAUCUCAAAGGUAUAAUUGUUACAUUGGAUGAGACAGGUUAUAUCUACUGCAGUUAUCUGGGAACUGAUCCAUCCUUAUUUGUUACUCCACCCGUCCAGUCACGCGACGUCCAAUAUGAUGAAGUUGAAGAUGAAAUGCAAGAGUUGUAUAAAGUCAUCAAAGAAUCUGCAUCAAACUCAGAGUUUGUAGUUAAACCAACUGAAAAAGACGAGAUUACAAUGAAAGCUGAUGUUCCUACAGUUCUAGACAAAUAUUCCUGUGCAGUACCCGAUGAAAAUGGCGAGACAUUUCCAUCAAUAACGGUCAAACUUACCCUCGAAUGUCAGUCAAAUCAUCCGAUUGAGAACGUGAUGGUCACAGUUGAUGCUGGUUACCCAAUCAUGUGUAACAAACCAUCAACUGUUAUACGAAGUAUUGGUGAUACUAAAGUGAGCACUGAUAUUGAGAUAUCGUUCUAUCUCUGUGGUGGUUGCGUCCCAUCAACAAUGAAGAUUCAAGCUAUCGCAACGUUCAUCACCUUAUCAGAGGCUCCUCGGGUUUGUCAAUGUGAGUUUGAACUCCCCGUUGUUUUGGUUAGCAAAGGAUGUCCUCCAGUGAAGAAUGCUGUUUGCAAGUUAACCUUAGACACCAACAAACCUCCUGUUAAUCUUGGCGAACUCUUUCCAGAAAUGGUGGAAGACAUGCUGGUUCCUCUAGUUGCUCUUGGUAUUGAGUACUACAGUGGACCUGUGGUCACCAUUCUUGCUUCGAAAACAUCACAGAGAUACAGAAUCCAGUGUGAUAAGUUUGAAGGUUUAUGGCUUAUCGUCCAUGAGCUGGUCACACGACUUAAGAAUCAUUUUGCUGAGUUGAAGGACGGCGUUCCUCUCCGAUUGUCUUUCAUGGGACCAUUGCCACUUCAGUAUUACUUUGAACUGAUAGAUAGUCAUUUUGAGCAACGACUUAACCAACAAAAGUACCGUGAAAUUCUUGGUCAGCGAUCAGCCCAGUUUCGAGCGAUACAAAGACGACUUUUAACAAAAUACAAAGAUAAAACACCGUCUCCUUUGGGCAAUUUGGAUACGUUAUUGGAUGGAACCUAUCGUCAGCUUCUGGCUCUUGGCGAGGCUGAAGAGGAUUGUCAAAGAGCUAUACAAAGAACUGUCAUAGCGUUAUCUUGUGGGACAAGAAUGAUUAAUCUCCUAAUAAAAUUGUGGACGAACAUGACAGACAAGGAAUUUCGGAUUCUUGAAUCAACUUUGUGCGCAGAAAUUGCAGAAACUGAAAGCCAGGGCUGGGAAGAGGUCACAGACACUGCUGUAACACAUCUGUUGAGAACAUGUCUGUCAAAAGGCGUGAAAGACCAGACAGUCAAUACACAGUCGAUACAAUUUCCAAAAGACACGACGAAACUAAAGAAACAUAUAGCGUUGCUUUGUGACAGACUUGGAAAGGGAAGUCGAUUAGAUCUUGAACAAACAUCAUCAACUACGAUAUCUUCAUCAAACCCUACUCCUAGAAACGAAGCGAUGCAUAACCCAACACUGGAAUCUGUACAAGAAGAGAGAUCAGAGAGCAUAAAGACUCCUACGCCAUCAAACGACAAGAUAUCGCCUGAAAUGGACGGCGCAAGGGGCUCGACGCUGGUUGGCAAACUACCUUCACUGAAUACGAAGCCAAAACACGACCUUAACUCAAGCGACAUGUUAUCCAGAGACUUUGAAAACAUGAAACCUUUUUCAGAAACAUGACGUCAUAGCUGUACAUUACGUCAUUUAUAUAAGUCAGCGGGUAUCCUUUGGCAAUACCUUGAUAGUGAGUUUGAUGUCGGGCAGAUACAUACGGGAGCUGGACAGUACCUUGUACUGUAUAAUCAUAGAAACUAUUGCAUAACCUUAUAGUGCUACAUUGCUAAAAUUACCCAAUUAGAACUUCUGUGUAAAUACAUCGCAUUUAAACCAGCGCUAGAUUUAAAACUCUAAAACAUGUCUAAAUUAUUAUUUUAAAUAACUUAUGAUUAAAAUCUAAAUUUUA